AUGGAAAUUGAGAGAAUGAAGAAGCUGUUGCUCCUUUGGUGUGGAGCCAGAAGUAGCCGUAUGGCCCUCGUGGGUGGAAACCACACCGCAUCCAGGUGUGAAGGCAACAAAGCCAUGGAAUUUGCUCAUGGAGGUCGAACCAAGGAACAUAGCAAGAUGAAGCAAUCUCAAAAUGGUGACUAUGAAUUAAAUUCUGUUACUCUUUUGGUAAUUAAGCUUUCUGAUUUGCGGGUUUUGCACAUUGUAUCUCGCUCCUUGUUUUUGGUUGUGGUUAUUCUCACAUUACCCUGGAUUGGUUCCAUUUUGAAGCAAUUUUCUUCGACAGCUUAUUAUGAUGAUUUAUCUGCUGAUGAUUUUGUUUCUGAUAUAAUUGAUGUCGAAUUCUUGGAUUCUCUAUUGAUAGAUUUGGCCAAUGAGGGCCUUAUCAAGAAGGGCAAUAAAGCUCUCUUCGUUUGCUCUGGCAUUGGAGCUAUAAUUGAUGAUUCACGAUUCUUGAAUGCUAAUGAGAUUGAUUUUGUAUUGGGAUCUAAUCUGGGGCAACAUGUGUUGCUUCAUGAUGCAUCAUUUGAUUUUGUGUUUGCAUUUGGAUAUGAAGAUGUUGAAUCUCUUGAUAGCAUUGUGAAAGUUGGUGGAAUAUUGGUUGCUCAAUUGAGUGACUUUCCAAAUGAUAUACAAAAGCAAUUCAAUUAUAAGGUUGUUUAUCUUAGGCAAUAUCGUUCAACCAUUGUGGCAAUGAGAAAAACAAGUUUGACAAGUAAACUGGCGGGCUCCUCUGCCAAGAGGAAGCUCUUUGAGAUGGAAUCGGAGGCCAAGAAAGACGCGUUGAAUGGCUUAGAAGAUGUUUUACUUGAGCCACCAAGAAAAGUUUUUGCAAAAUCUACAAAAAGCAUGAGCAAAUUCAAUUAUUUUCCUGACUUAUUAGGGGAUUCAUUAGAAGAUUAUCCUCGUAGAGUUUUUGUUGAUGUGAGCCUGCAUGAGCAGAAGAAUGUUGUAAAGGCAUGGUUUAGUGAGAACUAUCCAACUAGGAAUCAAAAAUUUGAGACUUACAACAUAGAAAUGGUGUCUGAAGGAGUGUCAAAGAUGGUGUCACCAGGGAUUGAUGUUUCAAAUUGGUUGAUGAAGAAUGUAAAGGAAGAUGAGUUUGUUGUGAUGAAGGCAGAAGCAGAAGUGGUGGAGGAGAUGAUGCAGAGGAGGACGAUCAAUUUGGUGGAUGAACUGUUCUUAGAGUGCCAGAAUCAGUGGGAAGGAAAGAAGAGCAAGAGGGCUUAUUGGGAGUGUUUGGCUUUAUAUGGAAGGCUAAGAGAUAAAGGUAUUGCUGUGCACCAGUGGUGGGGUUAA